AUUUCCUCUCCCAAAUUUACCAUUCGUUUCGGGGGCUAUAGAGAUACAGAUGCAGUAAUAAAACCAGAACGGAUCCUUUAUGACAUAUUUGCAACAGUCCACUAUUUAAUGUGUUGUUUAAGUACAAUGUACUUGAUCUUUUUCGGAUAUUACGUUUAUUGACGCAUGCGCGGUUGUUUUGGACUUCCGUGUUUAACUAACGAAGAGCAACUCAAUGGCCAAACUCUUGCACAUAUCUACUGCACUACUGAUCAUUAUAUUUUUGACAUACCUUGCUCUGGUACAUGAAGCCCAGAACGUCUCGUUUACUUUUUCAACCUCAGUGGAAAUAAAGAGUAGCUCAAAACUCGUAUACAGGGGUUUAAAAUCCCAAAUCAAUGUAAGCAUUAUUAAUGCAUCUAGUGAUCCCCGGGCUGAAUACUCUAAUAAGUGCGAUAUAAUUGUGCAAAGCCGCAUUGACUGUGCACGUGAUAGAUCUUUAAGUCAGGCUGACUGUGUAAACAGAGGGUGCUGUUAUGAUCCCCGACCAAAAUCUGGAUUCAGAGGGCCUCCGUGGUGUUUCUACCCAGUCCGUUACCCAGGUUAUAAAAUGGGGGUCCUGACUCCUACCAAGAGGGGCCAAAGAGCUACCCUGACCCGUUCCACGCCCUCAUACCUGCCCCGGGACAUCUCAACACUUCAACUAGACAUGAUUACUGAAUCUUCAGGUUGUCUGCACCUUAUUCUGAAGGAUCUUUCAUCUCCAAGAUAUGAGGUCCCAUUUGUCACGUCACACCCCGAAGGUCGCGGUGACGCAAUAAUUCCUCUUUAUGAUGUUGAAUUUCAACCAGACCCCUUUGCUUUCAUUGUUCGUCGCAAGUCCAAUGGACGGGUUAUUCUAAAUACCACGAUAGGACCCCUUCUGUAUGCAGAUCAAUAUCUGCAGCUCUCCACCAGUCUGGCUUCCUCUGUGAUAUCGGGACUGGGUGAGCAUUACACCCCCAUCAACCUGGACCUCAACUGGACUUCUGUUUCAUUAUGGAACAGAGACAUGGCGCCACAUAGAAAUGCCAACCUGUAUGGCUCCCACCCUUUCUUCAUGCUUCAAGAAGGUGAUGGACAGGCACAUGGAGUGUUUCUUCUCAACAGCAAUGCGAUGGAGGUGUUUUUACAGCCGUCUCCGGCAUUGACGUGGCUUACCAUUGGAGGAAUUUUGGACUUGUAUGUGUUCUUAGGCCCGAGUCCACAGACUGUGGUUCAACAGUACCAGGAAGUUAUUGGUUUUCCUAUGAUGCCCCCGUACUGGUCACUGGGGUUCCACCUUUGUCGAUGGGGGUAUACUUCCACCAACAUCACAAGGACCGUGGUGCAACACAUGCGCCGAGCCCAGUUCCCUCUAGAUGUACAGUGGAAUGACCUUGAUUAUGCAGACCAAAGAAGAUGCUUCACUUUUGACCCACAACGGUUUGGAGAUCUGCCGCAGAUGGUUAAUGAGUUCCAUCAGCUGGGCAUGAAGUAUGUGCUUAUACUUGAUCCAGGCAUCAGCAGUACGAGCCCUCCUGGUUCAUACAAACCCUUUGAUGAUGGGCUGAAGAGGAGAGUAUUUAUCAAGAACUCCACUGGGCAAAUCCUUAUUGGGAAGGUAUGGCCCGGUCCAACUGCAUUCCCCGAUUUUACAAAUCCUACGACCAUUGACUGGUGGAUGGACUGUAUCAGACUCUUUCACGACAAGGUACCCGUGGAUGGACUUUGGAUAGAUAUGAACGAGCCUUCUAAUUUUGUCCAGGGCUCUGUGAACGGAUGUCCUGACACUUACUUGGAAAAACCACCCUAUACUCCAGGUGUGAUAGGUGGCCAGUUAAACUCAGAAACACUAUGUAUGUCCGCACAGCAAAAUCUGUCCAGUCAUUACAAUCUUCACAAUCUGUAUGGACUCACUGAGGCUAUCGCCACCUACAGGGCUCUAUUGAAAGUGAAGGCCACUCGACCGUUCGUCCUCUCCAGGUCAUCUUUUCCUGGAUUAGGACGUUUCUCUGGACACUGGACUGGAGACGUGCGGAGUGACUGGGAGCAACUGCGCUUUUCCAUACCUGGUGUGCUGUUGUUCGGACUUUACGGGGUUCCUUUAGUGGGCGCUGAUGUGUGUGGAUUUGGUGGUGACACUACUGAAGAGCUGUGUAUUCGAUGGACACAACUGGGAGCGUUUUACCCCUUUAUGAGAAACCACAACGACAAACCCAAUACUCCCCAGGAGCCGUAUGUAUUUAGUCAACAAGCUCAAGAUGCCAUGAGGGCUGUGUUGAUGCUGCGAUACUCUCUUUUGCCCUUCCUCUACACGCUGUUCCACCACGCGCACACCUCCGCCAGCACUGUGGCUCGUCCUCUCUUCUUUGAAUUUCCUACUGAUCCGAAUUGUCAAGCCAUAGACCGGCAGUUCAUGUGGGGGAGUUCAUUCCUUAUCAGUCCGGUUUUGGAACAAGGAGCGGUGGAGGUGGCAGCCUAUCUCCCCUUGGGGACUUGGUACAGUCUGCACAAUGGGCAAGCAUAUUACAGUAAAGGGCAAUAUAUUCUAUUUCCUGCUUCAUUGGACACCAUUAAUGUUCAUGUGAGAGAGGGAAGCAUCAUUCCCCAGCAGGUUCCUGCAUUGACUACAACUGUGUCACGCAGAAACCCUUUCAUUCUGCUUGUGCCAUUAUCAGCAGAAACAUGGAGCAAAGGAGACCUCUUCUGGGAUGACGGAGAAAGUCUGGAGACUUCUGAACGGGGAGAUUACUCAUACCUUCUCUUCUUUGCUGAAAAGUCUUAUUUGGUGGGUAAACCAGUCAGAUUAAAUGGAUCUCUCGACCGUUUGGUCCUUGGGCAAGUGCGUGUUUUCGGGGUUCAGACUCCGCCUACGGCUGUGUUGGCCAAUGGGAAACAGGUUCAUGACUUCUCUUACAGUACAGGCACAAAGGUUCUUACAGUGUCUGGGUUGGAUUUACCAAUGACAGCAAUGUUCACAGUACAGUGGAGCUGAUGAAGGGAUACAUAUACUUAUAAAAUUUUAAAUUUUCAAUGAGCAUUAAUAUUAAAUAUUUUAUUGCAUCGGUUGUUGUUACUGUUUUUAUUUUUGUGAAUCAAUAAAAUACAUGGAACAGUU